CAUAAACUACAAUGCACAAAAUGAGCCAUUAGUCAUUAUCACUCACUGAUAUUUUAAAUUCCUUCUUUUUCUCAUUAAGUUCUUGGAUUUUGUGUAUUAGUUGAAAUAAUUUGAUUUAUCCCUUGCUCAGCUGGUGUAUUAACUCCAUCUGCAAUCUCAAACUGCCACUACAAAUUUUAAGUAGACUUCGUUCUAAAAUCAGAAACUGGGUCCAGAAGCAGUCAUAAGUUUAAGUUUCCUUCGCAGGAUUUCGAAGAAACUCCAUCAGAAAGUUGGAAGCAAAUGACCUCUGUAAAAUGUAACUUGGUGAUGUCCGCUAAAGAUCGAAAUCACGGCAACGUUCAUUUACAUUAUGAUCAAGAAUCAAGUAGCGAUACAGAAGAUUACAGAGAUACCGAAGAUCAUAGACGAAGAGUAUUUAAGAAUCGUUUAAGUUACGGUCCCGGAUCUUCUAAACCCAAACCGUGUUUAGUGCAACGUGGUUGCAACAAUUCAACUGAUCGUUCGUUCGGCAAUAAACAAAACGCGUCUCGAAGCAGAGCUCGAGUAUCACAUGGCUCAUCGUGUAAUAACUCAAAAAUGCAACAGUCUUCUACCUCAGCCAGCGCUACUUCCAGUGGUUCGAGUGCAGUAAAUAAUUCUUCCCAAAAUGACGAACGAAUCACGUUAAUCGUUGACAGUACCAGAUUUGUGGUAGAUCCUUCGCUAUUUACAGCAUAUCCGGAUACGAUGUUAGGAAGAAUGUUUAGUUCGGGAUUAGAAUUCACUCAUCCGAACGAAAGGGGAGAAUAUGAAGUCGCCGAAGGUAUUUCUGCUCAGGUAUUCAGAGCGAUAUUAGAUUAUUACAGAGGUAAUGUAAUCCGUUGUCCUACAACUGUGCCCGUACAAGAGUUGAGAGAAGCGUGCGAUUAUCUCCUAAUACCAUUCGAUGCUGGAACCGUUAAAGCUCAAAACUUGCGUGGAUUACUUCAUGAAUUAUCUAAUGACGGAGCUCGAUGUCAAUUCGAAUUCUUCCUAGAAGAACUGAUGUUACAACUGAUGGUCAAUAGUGCUCAACGAGGUGACAGAGAAUGCCAUAUUGUUAUUUUAUUGGAUGACGACGUCGUUGAUUGGGAUGAAGAAUAUCCGCCUCAAAUGGGCGAAGAAUAUUGCCAAACUGUCAACAGUACAGCGAUGUACAGAUUUUUCAAAUACAUCGAGAAUCGCGACGUAGCGAAGCAAGUAAUGAAAGAAAGAGGCUUGAAAAAAAUUCGUCUCGGUAUCGAAGGUUAUCCCACCCAUAAAGAGAAGGUUAAACAGCGAGCUGGUGGUAGAUCGGACGUGAUUUAUAAUUAUGUUCAAAGACCAUUCAUUCAUAUGUCGUGGGAAAAAGAAGAAGCGAAAAGCAGACACGUUGAUUUUCAGUGUGUGAAAUCGAAAUCGGUUACAAAUUUAGCAGAAGCCACAGCAGAUCCUGCCAUAGACUUAGAACCUGUAGCGCCAGUUCCUGUAACCGAUGGCGUAGGAGUUGCUAAUGUUGUUGAACCGCCGGAAGGUGGGGCUUUGAUUGGCGGCGUCUUACCAGAUAUGAACGAAGGUGUACCGGAACCUGUCGAAGACCCGUCGCAAAAUUAAACUUCUAUCGUAUACUUUCAGUCCAUUAUAUUCAUCAGUUAUUUUAUCACGAUACCUAUAUUAUUUUAUUCCAUUCUUUGUUUAACAUUGUGUUAUUACUUUUGUGUAUUCGUUAGAUUUUUCAAUUCAUUUUAUUUUAUUUUUUGGUAAUUUAUACAUUUUUUACUUCUGCUAUUGCAUGUAUUACAAAUUUCGUAAAAUUUGCGAAUAAAAUUACGUAGAUGUGAUUCCUGAUCAAAUUUUAAUAUUCAGUGAAGGAGAAUUAAAUGUAUGCUUUUUCAAAUUUGGAAAAUACAUCGAAGGUGUUUUGUUCUGAA